AUGACAAAUGUACGAUUAGUGAAUCCAAUGUCCAACAAGCAUGUGCGUCGAAAGUCUACGUUCUCCGAAAUUAGCAAACGAAACGAGAAUUUUGAAAAGGAAGCACGUCUUCUGAAAGCACGAAUGAAGGUUGAGCAGGCUAGAUUGAAUUUGAUGAGGGACAAAGAAAAGGAGAAGAUGAAAAUGGAAGAAGAAAAAUUGAAAUUUGAGGAACAACAGGAAAAGAUAUACAAAUUGAAACGAAGUGCCUUUGAAAUGAGAGAAAAAGUUCGAAAGGAAGGAUUUCUGAUGAAAAAAGCAAUAAGGGAUAGAAAGAGGAAGAAAUUUGAGAAAGAGAAAGCGAUGAAAGAAUUAGAAGAAAAUUUCAAAUUUUGGAAAAAAACUCGUCACGUCAAUGCUUCUCCAUCUCCCACUCCUUCAGUCACUCAGAAGCCAUCAUCUCAAUCUGGAUGGGAUUAUUGGGCACGUGUCUAUUCUGAAGAUUCUCAGAAUUCAGCACCAUCUCGUGAUGUAAGAGUUUCCGAUAUGCUCAGCUCAGACACUCUUGUUCGUGCCAAACUUCUGUUUUUGAAUGUUCCUGGUCUUCCAACUGCUCAUAAGAAUAUCAUUUUGAAUCUAAUUAAAAAAGAGAUUCGGGAGGAUAUUUCGAUUCAAGAUGUCGUUGUUGUCCCUCCAGGAAAAUGGUUUCUCAAUUUCUAUCGUCCAGAAGAUGCGUUGAAAGUUUUCAAAGUUUUCAACGGGUUCAAUUAUCGUGGACACACUUUGGUUGUCAGAUUCUGUUAUCCAGAUGGAACGUACGGAGAUGAGACAGCUCUGACUGAAUUGGUCCAAUGUAGCAACAAUGCGAAAGGAAGACUUUUCGAGCAGAGAGAAAUCGUUCAAGAUACUCUCUCUUCUGAAUGUUGGACUAUUGCCGAAUACGAAGUAUUGCAAAAAUUUGAGACAGAACUCGUAAAUCUUCUGAAAACUCACGCCUAUCUACCGUACCACAAUGUUCUUCAAUCGAUGCGAACUCUUUUUUCAAAUCGAAUUCCUUCGGCCACAUCUUCAAUUUUCAUUAGUGAAGCAUUGACUCAAUGGCCAACUGGAUUCAUUCGAAUGUUCAAUCGAAAUGUCAAAGUGGUUUCGAAUACAAUGUGUCUGUCCACUAGCUCAUAUUACACUCAACGUAUCAUGAUUCUGCAAUGGAAGGGGGCUGCUCUGUUCAUCGCAAUUCAUGGGAGCCAAUGGUUCCAGAAGACAUUCGAAAUUGAUGCUCCAAUUCGUAUUCUGGCUCAAUCCCUCCGUGGAACUUGGCCAAAGUCUGCCGAAGAACUUGCUUCUCUACUCACUGAUAUUUCAUCUGGAGUUGCUAUUGUCAACCGUGUUUUAUACUUGUCCAGUAACCCAGUUCAUCAUGAAAAAAUCAUUGACAAUCUGGCGACAUACCAAGAUGACUGUACCGAUGUAUAUUUUCUUCCGUUGUCCAGUUUGGAUGGACAAAAAUUGAUGAUUGUCGAUGUCGAAGAUCUUUAA